GUACCCCCGGGGACGAUGGCGGCUGCGGGCCGAACCGGGCCGCUCGGGAGUGGGCAGGCGGCGGGGGCUUAGCGGGUCCCCCGCCGCUCGGCAUGGCCCGCACUCUCCUACCCCUGCUCCUUCUGCUCCUGCGGGCCUGUGCCUGGAUGGGCCCUGGACUGGCGGCAUCCCCGGAGGCUCCGCAGACCCCGGACUGGCGGGCGACGCUGAAAACAAUCCGCAACGGGGUGCACAAGAUCGACGUGUACCUCAACGCGGCCCUCGACCUUCUGGGAGGCGAGGAUGGGCUCUGCCGCUACAAAUGCAGUGACGGAUCAAAGCCCCUUCAUCGCUAUGGGUAUAAACCAGCCCCACCAAAUGGUUGUGGAUCCCCUCUAUUUGGAGUUCAGUUUGACAUUGGCAUCCCUUCAAUGACCAAGUGCUGUAAUCACCAUGACAGAUGCUAUGAUACUUGUGGCAAUAGUAAAAAUGAUUGUGAUGAGCAGUUUCAGUCCUGCCUCUCCAAAAUUUGCAGAGAUGUGCAGAAAACACUUGGAAUCUCAGAGAGUGUCCAGGCUUGUGAGUCAACUGUCCAGCUGCUGUUUGAUGCAGUUAUGCUUUUAGGAUGUAAACCAUACCUGGAUAGCCAGAGGGCUGCAUGUAUGUGUCGUUAUGAGGAUAAGACAGACCUCUGAAAGAAGAUCCUGAGAUCUCCAGGUUAAAGACUCCCUGGAUCAUAUCAAGUGUUUGGUUACAAAGCUUCAGGAUUUUCAGACAGUAAUAUUUGAAACACUGACAUGGUUCCAAAGUCACUAUCAUAUUCCUCCUAAUGUAAAGAAAGAAACAUGUCUUCCUUCUCUUCCCUGCUAUGCCAGAAGUUUGGAAACUAAAGUGAGUUUCCUUUGGUGACUACCUGCUCAGGAUGUGUUUUCAGGAAUCACUGGUGCCAUUUUAAAGUUUCAAAGAAAACUCCACAGCAGAGCUUGCAGUGACACAAGAAGAGUUAACUGCAUUGGAUACUCGAAUUAUUUUUAACAUAGGUCAACUUUUAGGUUUACUGGCAGCUGAUGCAUCUGAUAAAUCCAACAGGAAAGAGCAUUUCAUGUGCAUUAAUGUGGCAUCUUAAAUGGACUUUCAUGCUUGUGGUACAGUUGCCUGCAGUUCUCUCUGGUGUAUCCUGUUCUGUGGGGUUUUGUUUUUCUUAAAACCAAACAAAAAACUCCAAGCCCUUAGAAAGGCUAUAUAUCUGUACUAUAUAUUUCUACCUGAUUCUGUAUCAGCCUUAUUUCUACAGCACUUUUCAGAUCUCACAGGUUGAUCCUUUUAAGGCUCGGCCACUAAAAUGAACAGUUUGCAACCUAAGGAUAUACUUUUGAUUUGCCAACAUGGUAGAAUAUAGUUGCUGUAUUAUUUUUUAAAAAAUGAAUCAAAUGUUUAUUUUUCAAAUAAAACAUUGUGUAUUAUAUGCAUACAAAGGUUUGUUUUGGAGAAAUUGAUUUGUCUUGUAGCACAACUUGGUUACUGCAUUUAUCUUUGCUUUCAUUUAGUUCAUUCUAAUGAAAACUUAAAGUUCCAGAGUUAUAGGGUCAGUGUGCCCAACACACCCUGUUAUUUAAAACGUCCUCUGUGAGGCUGACAGAUAUUUGAGCCUGUGUUUCUGUCAUCUGUUCCUAUGACCUCUGUGAGGCUGAGAAACAUCUGAGCCUGUAAUUCUGUCAUCUGUUCCCUCUCUGACUUCUCUAGCUGAAAUCACCUGAUGUCUGAAUUAUUUGGGCUAUGUUCUCUUUACUGAUUUUUUUUUUUUUUUGCUGCUUAUCUCCAGCCAUCAGCCCUGGCUUGCAUUAUGUCUUGUGUCAUAAAGCAUUUUAUUUGCUCUCCUGCUGCCCUUAUUUGGCCUUAGAAAUCUUCAGCUGGAGAGGACUGAAAAUUAAAAUACAGCAUGUGCAAACAGAGUGGAUGUCAUAUUGUCCUGGUUUUGGCAGGAACAGAGUUAAUUUUCUUCCUAGCAGCUGGUACAGUGCUGUGGUUUGGAUUUGGCUUGAGAACAAUGUUGAUAACACACUGAUGUUACCAAGGACUUCCCAGCUUCUCAUGCCCUGCCAGGGAGAAGCUGGGAGGGGGCAGAGCCAGGACAGCUGAUUCAAACUGGCCAAAGGGAUAUUCCAUGCCAUAUGACAUCAUUCUCAGUAUAAGAACUGGGGAGACUUGGCUGGGAGGGUCUACCACAGCUUGGGAUUUAGCUGGGCAUCAGCCAGCAGGUGGUGAGCAUUACUGUGCAUUACUUGUUUUCUAUAUUUUAUUAUUAUUCUCUUCCUUUUCUGUACUAUUAAACUGUCUUUAUCUCAAA